UCGCGUUUCCUGGCCUCAGCCAGUUUUGCCUUAUCAUGGUUCCGCGUCUGAGUUACCGCUACAGCCGGCCGGGAGCCAUCCCGUCGCGGGGCGAACCUUGGAUCAUCGUAAAGAGGAACCUGGCGACGAACUCCGUGCACGAGCCUGUCACGCCCUGCCGUCGACGACGAUUGUUGUGGAUAUCAGCAGCGUGGCGAGAUGCCUCGGCAACCGUAAAGAGCGACUGCACGGCCCGCCUUCUCAGAAUCUCGGAGCAGAGCUGUCGGCUGAAACACACAAAGCGCACAGAUUACCUCUCAUGGCAAGACUACUUCAUGUCCUCAGCUUACCUUGCAGCCAUGCGUAGCAAGGACCCCAAUACGCAGGUGGGCUGUGUAAUCGUCAAUGAAGAGAAUAGAAUCGUCGGAGCGGGGUACAAUGGAAUGCCGAACGGACUAAGCGAUGAUGAAAUGCCUUGGGGCAAGUCAAGUGACUCGCCUGUUGAUACCAAGUAUCUGUACGUCUGCCAUGCAGAGAUGAAUGCUAUUUUCAACCGCAAUUGCUUCGAGUUGCGUGGCUGCACCCUGUACACAACGCACUUCCCCUGCAACGAGUGCGCCAAAAUGGUCGUCCAGUCCGGAAUCGGCCAGGUGGUCUUCCUGUGCGACAAGCACCCCGAAGAGCCGACCUACGUUGCAUCGAGGCUCAUUCUUACCAAAGCUGGGGUUACCUUCAGGCAACAUGUUCCCGAGACUAAGAAGAUUGUAAUUGACUUUGAGCAGUUAGCUGUCUUCAAGAUUUGAAAAUCAUGCUACUCUAUCAUCACCAACAUCACCAAAUGAUUUUGUCCAUAUUAAAACACCUUAAAACUU